AAUUUGUUGAUACAUCCCUCUCUUCCCUUGUUCUGUGUUGAAUCAAGAAUCCCAAAUCCCCCGCAGCAAGCUAUUGAUGGCGUGUACACCUAUAUUUAAUUCUCUUUGAAAAACGUAAAAAGAUAAGAAUAUCCACAAAGUUUAUUGUUUCAAAUUUGUUCACAUUUCGACCCCCUUUUUCCCUGUUCUACAUGAUCCACCACCUACUGGGCUUACCUGUGAAUCAAUUGUAUAACUGUGUUUGUCGAUUUGGGUUGGUGUUGAAUUACAUAAUUGAAGGUUGAAAGUGAAGAAAGAGUGAGGAAGAGGAGAGGACACAAGAUGGUUAAUCAGAUUGUAUCAAAAAUUGGUUCUUGGACUCGUAACAAGAUUGUUGAUCCUCUUUAUCACAUCCUCCAAAGGGGAGCAGAGCCAAAACUGUUGGCAUUCUCUGCGGCUCUCGGAAUCACCUUUGGGGUAUUUCCAAUUUGUGGUGUCACAGUAUUCCUAUGUGGUAUCGCUAUUGCAUUGUUGGGAUCCUAUUGUCAUGCUCCUACGAUGAUGUUGGCUAACUUCAUUGCUACUCCUAUUGAGUUGAGUCUGAUGAUUCCAUUUCUACGCCUAGGUGAGUCUAUCACUGGUGGACCUCAUUUUCCUUUGACUGCUGAUGCACUAAAAAAGGUCUUCUCUGGCGAGGCUUCGAAGGAAGUCUUGUUCAGCAUUUUCCGUGCGAUGUUGGGCUGGCUUGUUGCUGUACCAUUCAUCAUAGCAGGACUUUAUCUAGUGUUUCUGCCAUGUUUUAUGAUCUUGGUUCGUAAGUUCAGUACCCGUCCUCCAAGCCCGAAGACUCUUCUCCAACCCCUUACAGAAGAAUUGGGGGAGUCUAGCACUAGCAGUUCUGUACUUGUAUGAAGUUCAUAUUUUUCCCAAAGUUCUUCACUUGCUCAUGAACUCGCAGCUUCGCGGGGAACUAGGGAAGGCCGGCGACUACAUGAGGUGGGGAAUUUCAAUCACCUCCAGUGUCAUCUCUUUAUAUAUAUAUAUAUAUAGUGAACGGGGUUUAACUGACUCUAUUAUUUUCGACAUAGAGCACAUAUACCUACGACGUGUGUGUGAAAUAUAACUUAAGUUAAAGAAGUAGUACUAAAUUCUUAACCUAACUUCUGAAGUGUAAUGGUUUCCAUGGUAAGCUCCUAUUAGGUUGAACUCGUAAAAUUUAAAUCAUCGACUUGCAUUUGGUUAAACUUAAAUCAUGAACUCGUGUUUUCUUAGAGGUACAUGCUCUCAUUGUGUUUGUCAUGUAAACAAAUCACAUUGUUAUAAAACAUCAAUUAGUA